AUGGCGGCACCAAAGAAGGUCUUGAUCGUCCUCACUAGCCAUGACAAGCUUGGCUCUCUCGACAAGCCUACUGGCUGGUUCCUCCCUGAGCUCGCCCACCCCUACGAUGUCUUCGUCAAGAACGGCUACCAGCUCAAGUUCGCCUCGCCCGCAGGCGGCAAGGCGCCCCUCGACCCGGCCUCGGUCGAGAUGUUCAAGGAGGACCCGUCUUCGCAGAACUUCCUGGCCAACCAGACCGCCCUGUGGGAGAACACCGACAAGCUGUCCGCCUACGUGGGCCGCGCCGACGAGUUCGACGCGCUGUUCGUGCCGGGCGGCCACGGCCCCAUGUUCGACCUCGCCACGGACGAGACGUCGCGCAAGGUGAUCGCCGAGUUCGCGUCCAAGGGCAAGGUCGUGGCCGCCGUGUGCCACGGCCCGGCGGCCUUUGUCAACGUCACGCUGCCGGACGGCAGCCACCUGCUGCAGGGCAAGGAGGUCACGGGCUUCAGCAACGCCGAGGAGGACACGAUGAAGCUCAGCGAGUACAUGCCGUUCCUGCUCGAGACGAAGCUCAACGAGGUCAGCGGCGGCAAGUUCGUCAAGGCGGCCGAGCAGUGGGGCGAGAAGGUCGUCGUCGCGGGCAAGGUCAUCACCGGCCAGAACCCGGCGUCGGCGCACAAGGUUGGCGAGGAGGUCGUCAAGGCGCUUGGCGCGUAA